UGCAGCUGAUAGGCAGCUCAGUUUGGCUCAGUUAGCUGGCGGUAACAGUUGGAGGCGUCAAGCUGAUUGAAUACACAGUGAGAAUCAUGAGUACCGUUACCUGCAUUGCGCCAGUCAAUAUUGCUGUCAUUAAAUAUUGGGGAAAGAGGGAUGAAUCCUUAAUCUUACCAACCAACGAUUCCAUAAGUGCUACUCUAGAUACAGACCAGUUGCACGCAAAAACUACUGUAAUGAUCAGUCCUGACUUCAAAGAAGAUCGUAUUUGGCUGAACGGAAAGGAGGAAGACAUAAAAAAUGCAAGACUUCAAAAUUGUUUGAUAGAGAUUAGGAAACGUUCGCAACUAUCUGGUCAUACAAACGACUGGAAGAUUCACGUAUGUUCAAAAAAUAAUUUUCCAACUGCCGCUGGCUUGGCUUCCAGUGCUGCAGGAUACGCGUGCCUUACAACGGCACUGGCUAAGCUUUACAAAAUAGAAGGAGACAUUAGUGUCAUAGCGCGCUCCGGUUCUGGAUCAGCAUGUCGCAGUACUAUGGGUGGUUUUGUAAGAUGGCACAUGGGUUCAGACAAGUAUGGAACGGACAGUUUGGCAAAGCAAAUUGUGCCUGCAUCUCAUUGGCCUGAAAUGAGGAUUCUAGUGUUAGUGGUUAGCGACGAACGAAAGAAGGUUCCAAGUGCAAUAGGCAUGAAACGAAGCAUGGAAACGUCUCAACUCCUGCAACAUAGAAUAACGCGUGUAGUCCCGGAAAGAACUAAUAAAAUGCAACAGGCGAUCGUAGAGAGGGAUUUCAAAACUUUUGCCGAACUUACUAUGAAGGAUUCCAAUCAGUUCCAUGCUGUGUGUCUGGACACGUAUCCUCCGUGUGUUUACAUGAACGAUAUUUCCAACAGUAUCAUAAAUCUCGUACAUUCCUAUAACGAUGCAGUUAAUGGCGUGAAGGUCGCGUAUACUUACGACGCUGGGCCGAACGCUACGUUAUAUUUAUUAAAGAAAGACGUGCCAGCGGUGAUGGGCGUUUUGGAUCACUUUUUUCCUCCUCCUGAAAACAUUGCGAUUGAAUACAGAAGAGGACUGCCUGUUGAAGGAAUUAAACCUUCACAAAGUCUCUUGGAGAAGUUAAAAUUUCAAACGCAUCCACCGGGACAACUCAAGUAUAUGAUAUAUACAAAGGUGGGAGAUGGACCUAAGUAUCUCAAUGAUCCACAGAAUCAUUUGUUGGACGAUCAGGGGAAUCCUAUUAAUUGUUCUUGAUCGAUACUUUUUACAUGCAUUUUGUUAUUUAUUGCUGAAAGUAUUCUGAAAUAAACAAUCCUCUAUCUCUUCUGA